AGUGCAUACAUGUUCUUCUCCCAAGACAACCGUGACAAGGUUCGCUCUGACAACCCUGAAGCAAGCUUCGGUGAAGUUGGUCGUUUGCUCGGUGCCAGAUGGAAAGAGAUGAGCGAAGCACAAAAGCAACCAUACAAGGAUAUGGCUGAACGUGACAAAGUUCGUGCAACAAACGAAAAGAGUGCAUACAAGACUGCCGCAAAGGCCAGCAAAUCAAGAAAGUAGACGAGAUGAUAAAAGAUCGUUCGUGCGAUUGAUUGUACGAAUUAUAACUUUAUCAUCUUGUAUUCACUUUUCUCCAGUCGUUGCUUGUAUCGUUUGUCUCUCUUUACCUCGUUCCAUCUUUUCUCAUUCACGCUCGAUCAGAAAGCCUUCCUCAACUCUUUCCCUCUUUUGUCAUCUUUUUUUUUCUGACGUCGUGCAUUAGGCAUAGAUGUGUGUA